AUGGUACAGGCCUACCUUGGAGAUAUUGCAGUGGUGGCUCUGCUCUGCUGGGGGUGCAGUGCUGGCAGCAGACCUGGGCAGCAGCAGCUUGGCGGGGCAGCUGGGCUCCUGGUGAAGGACAAGGUGCUGGUCUUCCUCAAGAGGACACUGGAGCAGUCCCAGUGUGGCUUCAGCAACACGGUGAUGCAUAUCCUGCGACCACACAGCAUCCGUGACUACAAGGCCUACAAAGUGCUGGAUGACCUUGAGCUCCGACACGGCAUUAAAGACUAUUCCAACUGGCCCACCAUCCCUCGAGCAAACCUCAAUGGUGAGUCUGUGAGGGGCUGUAACAUUCUUCUUCAGAUGUGCCAGAAUGGGGACCUGAUAGGAGAACUGAGAAAGCUGGGGAUCCACUUCACCCUUUUAGAUAAAAAGAAAGACCAAGGCUCAAAGUAAAGCUACCCAGGUCCGCAGUGAGCAGAGAGGGAGCAUUCAUGUCAGAGACUGCCAGGAAAUCCUUACCGAUUUUGGUUUUCACUAUUCAGACAACUGCUUGCACUGAUCACCUCGGUUUGCAAACAGCCAGGUGAUUUUAGUUUUUCUAGUGUCUGAGCUAGUAAUAUUUUACUGUGAACUUCAUCGCAAUCACUUCACUGUAGUAAUUCAAUGUUGUAUUAUAAUAUUGCUGUAAACAAAAUUCAUUCUUAUAUUGUCAUUUAUUCUUUGUCUGAUUCAGGAGCUAAACUAGGAGCUUUAGAAUCAUUAUUCAUGACUCCUUUGCAAAUGACAGUCUGCAAAGACAAUACAUCCCCCCAAAUUAAGAAACUGUAAUAAACGAGAUGUUGUUUUUUAAAACAACUGCCAACACAGGGGGAAAAAAACAAAAAUAUGCUCAGUUGAACUUUUACCUAUUCAUGUCGCUAGCACUUCAGAAGGUGGUAUCAACAAUUAACAAGAGAAAAUGUAAGCUUCAAGAUGGCAGACAAAGCACAUGCAUUUACCACCUGCCCCUCCUGAAACCCCACAGAAGAAAACAGAAAGAGCCAAUUGAAAUAAAUCCCGUAACAGUAAAAAGAAUAAAGGAGGUCACCAACAAAUGAGAAAAUGAGAGGCUUUUUUUGGAGGAAAGAAGGAGCAGAGAGGAUUAGGAUGUAAGAUAAAAUAGCUACAGAAAGCCACAGCCUAGAAUUUGUUACCAGGGGCUGGAAGCCAGUCUACCUGAGAGAAUCUGAAGAUGUGAACCAUAUACUACACACAUAACUGAGGAUGAAUGUGAAAAUAGGGAGAUUAAAGAUCUGUAUGUAGAAUACCUAAUUCUUGGUACCUACCAUUCUAGUCCUAUAAUCCCAAGCACAAAGCAGUGAGCCUGGAUUUGCCUCUAGCUAAAACACUGAAAAGAUCUUCCCUAAAGAAAUUAAACUGGGACAGGCAAAGGCUUCUAGUGCAAGUAAAUUGCUUUCUGGCAUCUGAAGGGCCUUUACCCUGCCAGCCACGUACCUAUCUGCUCAUCCCAAGGCAAAGCCUGUCAGUCACAGAUUCCCUCCGCAAGCCCUAGCCACAAGAAAAAAAAUCUCUCAGUCUGAAUUCUUAACUUGAGAAAGCAAUCUAACAGGAAAGUAGUCCAUCUUACAUUUAAAAAGAUAACAAGCCAGUACCAGUUAACUAGUUCAUCUUUCUGAAACAUGGAUAAUUUAAGGCUUAGCAGACAUGGUGAGGACAGAAGGCCCAAAACAAGCAAAUAGAAUUUAACUCCAGAUGAAACAGAUAAUUUAGAAUAGAACUUUUAGAAAGCUCUAAUUUAAUAUAGAGAUUCAAGAAGACAUUAAAUACUUAUAAAAAGGGCAAGAUCUAUGAAACAAAGUAUGAACUAAAGAAACAAGUAUAAUAAAAAAUGUUCUUGAAGAUUAAGCAUAUGUUUACUGAAAAUAAAAGUUU